CAUCCCUGCAUCGCGUCCCCCCGGCCACAGCCGCCCCGACCCGCGGUGCUGGGCCGCUCGGGGCGGGCGCGGGGCAGCGGGCACAGCGGGACCCCGGCCACCGGGGGCUGGCGGGCAGGGCUCGAGGACGUGGUAAGGAGCUGCCCCAUCUGCCCACCACUGCUGGCGGUGACGCAGCUGCUGCGGCCCAAGCACCCCGGGGAGCACGGCGUCGAGGCAGCCGGGGUGGCCGACAUGGCCAGCGUCAUCCUGGAGAGCAUCUUCCUGAAGCGCUCGCAGCAGAAGAAGAAAACGUCUCCCCUCAACUUCAAGAAGCGCCUGUUCCUGCUGACGGAGAGCAAGCUGUCCUACUACGAGUACGACUUCGAGCGCGGGCGCCGAGGCAGCAAGAAGGGCUCGGUGGACAUUGAGAAGAUCACCUGCGUGGAGACGGUGGUGCCCGAAAACAACCCUCCCCCCGAGCGGCAGGUCCCGAAGAGGGGGGAGGAUUACAACAACAUGGAGCAGAUCUCGAUCAUCGAGCGGUUCCCCUACCCCUUUCAGGUAGUGUACGACGAGGGCCCCCUCUACGUCUUCUCCCCGACAGAGGAGCUGCGCAAACGCUGGAUCCACCAGCUGAAGAGCGUGAUCCGGUACAACAGUGACCUGGUGCAGAAGUACCACCCCUGCUUCUGGAUUGACGGCCAGUACCUGUGCUGCUCCCAGACCGCCAAGAACGCCAUGGGCUGCAAGAUCCUGGAGAGCAGGAACGGCAGUUUAAAAGUUGGGCGGUCACAUCGCAAAACAAAGAAGCCUCUUCCCCCUACUCCCGAGGAGGAUGAGAUGGUGAUGAAGCCCCUGCCUCCCGAGCCAGCCCCUGUCGCGGUGGGUGAGAUGAAGAAGGUGGUGGCCCUGUACGACUACCUGCCGAUGAAUGCGCAGGACCUGCAGCUGCAGAAGGGCGAGGAGUACUUCAUCCUGGAGGAGAGCCACCUGCCCUGGUGGAAAGCCCGUGACAAGAACGGGAGGGAAGGAUACAUCCCCAGCAACUACGUCACCGAAACCAGCAAUUCCCUGGAGAUCUUUGAGUGGUACUCCAAGAAUAUCACCCGGAGCCAAGCAGAGCAGCUGCUGAAGCAGGAGGGUAAGGAAGGGGGCUUCAUUGUCCGAGACUCUACCAGCAAGACAGGGAAAUACACUGUCUCUGUCUACGCCAAGUCCUCUGUAGACCUCCAAGGCAUGAUCCGCCAUUACGUCGUGUGCUGCACCCCCCAGAAUCAGUACUACCUGGCAGAAAAGCACCUCUUCAACACCAUCCCGGAGCUCAUCACGUACCACCAGCACAACUCCGCCGGGCUCAUAUCCAGACUGAAGCAUCCCGUGUCUCAGCACCGGAAAAGUGCCCCUUCCACAGCUGGCCUGGGCUAUGGGUCGUGGGAGAUUGACCCCAAGGACCUGACCUUCCUGAAGGAACUGGGGACGGGGCAGUUUGGCGUGGUGAAGUACGGGAAAUGGAGAGGCCAGUACGACGUUGCCAUCAAGAUGAUCAGGGAGGGCUCCAUGUCAGAGGACGAGUUUAUCGACGAAGCCAAAGUCAUGAUGAACCUCUCCCACGAGAAGCUGGUGCAGCUCUACGGGGUGUGCACGAAGCAGCGCCCCAUCUUCAUCAUCACCGAGUACAUGGCUAACGGCUGCCUCCUGAACUUCCUGAGGGAAACUCGGCGGCGCUUCCAGCCUGCUGAGCUGCUGGAGAUGUGCAAAGACGUCUGUGAAGCUAUGGAGUACCUGGAAUCCAAGCAGUUCCUGCACCGAGACCUGGCUGCUCGCAACUGUUUGGUGAAUGACCAAGGGAUUGUGAAAGUCUCAGAUUUUGGCCUUUCCAGAUACGUUCUAGACGAUGAGUACACAAGCUCCAUGGGGUCAAAGUUCCCAGUGCGGUGGUCCCCUCCCGAAGUGCUUCUGUACAGCAAGUUCAGCAGCAAGUCCGACGUCUGGGCUUUUGGCGUGCUGAUGUGGGAGGUUUACUCUCUGGGAAAGAUGCCUUACGAGAGGUUUAACAACACCGAGACAACGGAGCACGUCAUCCAAGGCCUGCGCCUCUACCGCCCGCAGCAGGCCUCGGAGCGGGUCUACGCCAUCAUGUACAGCUGCUGGCACGAGAAGGCCGAGGAGCGCCCCACGUUCACCGCGCUGCUGGCCGGCAUCCUGGACAUCACGGACGAGGAGCCGUGAGCGCCGGGCGGGCUGGCCCGGCCUCCCCACCGCCACCGCCACCGCCAUGGAGCCCUGU